AUGGGUAUACGUACGGAGGUAUACGGAGGAACUAAUACAGCGAAGUAUUACGAUGGUGUUUAUGUGAUGCGAGUUCCACAUGCGUCUCAGCCAGAUUUAGAUUGUUAUGAGUACUGGAAUGGCACUCACUUUACCAAAGAUCGAGUCUACGAUCCCACGGAGCAGCAAGCUAUUCUCGGCCCUGGAUCUACGCAAGGAAUUGUCACUUGGAACUCAUAUCUCGGCACAUAUCUCUAUAUCUACACCUACUUAGCCGACCUUCGUGGAAGGACAGCAUACAGACCAGAAGGACCAUUCGGUGAUUAUUUCACAGUCUUCACUGCGACUGAUUUUGCGUUUGUUUACAGCCCAUCCCAACAAACGCAUUAUGAUUCAUCGGGGAUGACGCUGGUCCUUUCUCAUACUGGCUAUCCAAAUAUCAUCCAAGCAAUCAAGGUGACUUUCGCAUGA